UGAAACAUGAUCAAACAUCGUUAGACUUUUGUGUGAAAUUUAUUCUAUAAGUUUCUAGUGCGGUUAUAUUUCCUUUUUUACAGUUGACACAUCAAAACUUGAUGUUUAUAAACUCUACGCGAAGAGAUCGGAGAAGACGCGAAAAUGUCGCGAAUAUCGGAGAGAAUCUAUAAUGUUUUAAAGCUAGCCAAUAGUUCGAAAUUGAGCGACAAAAAGAAAUGUGUCACUGAGCUAUUGGAUUUGUAUCGAAAUGAUGAUGUUCUUAAUGAAAUACACGAAAAUACGGAAAAAAAAUCACCAGGAAGUGUUACUUGGCUCUGUAUUAUGCAUACAGCUCACAAACUAAUUCUGAGUGAAGCAGAGAAGCCCAGUAAAGAAACAACUGCCAAAAACAAUGAGAGACAGGCUCUCUGUAGUUUAGUGAUUGAUACAAUUCGUCGAUCUAAUGAAAGAUCCGUUGAACUUCUAAAUGCCAACGACAUAGUUUGUAUAAUACUGCAGAUAUUGAAUUCCACAAUCUAUAUACAUUAUCAGGACACAUAUCUAGCAAUACUGGUGAAAUAUGUAUUGCCCAAGAGUACCAAUCAUAAUAACAUUACAGCAGAACAAUGGAGGGAUUUGCUGAUAGUUUGCAGGCAGUUAUACAAAAAGGCACAUCUCAAGAAGCAUAUUGUGUUAGACGCGCUACAAAUGAUUGUAGAUCAUUCCUUCUUGCACACAAAUUUAAUUUCUCAUGUGAAGAAUUUAUUGCUGUUCCUGGAGGAGGUCUUCGAAAAUGUAAAUAACGAUGAACAAUUGGCGGAAUCCUUCUACAGACUCAGUAGCAGUGUAUGCACACAAAUCGCGACGGAAUCGAGAAUCGCGCUUUGUAAAUUCAGUGAAAGCAUAUCGAUGGAUAUUUUACAUUUGAAUGGCUCCGAGGGAAAGUACAAAUUGCUACUAAUCUUCCUGCAGAUUCAUCUAAAUGGUAGCGGGAACGACGAUGGCAUGUACGCCUAUAACAAGUGGAGGGAUUUGUUACGCAGCAUGUGCCAGCUUGUACAAGAAAAUUGCAAAUUGGACAUGCAGUGGCGCAGUUUCAUCGAGUUUGCCAGCGAAGUCGUGAAACAAGUAAUGGACAAUUCGAUUAAUCUCGCUGCCUCUGUUGAUGCAAAUUCUCUCGACGACACUUAUUCUCAACCGGCUAAACGCAGGCGAACAAUGAGUAAGAUGGAGAGCGUCAUCGAUCUAGUAACAGAAAGCAGUCCCGAAGAAGUAUGGCCUUUGCUGAGAAUUCUUGAGGAAAUAUUGAGGAAAUACCCGCAAUGUCUGAAACCACAAGAUUUCGCACCUUUGCUGCAACGCUUAACGGAACUCGCUCAGUCUCGAGACGAACUCAUCAUGGAUAAUUUGUACAAUUUUGCCAGUGUACUCAUGGAAAACGAGAUGUCUAAUGAAAAGGAAGUGCAGGAUACCACAAUUCAUUGGAGCAAGAUCUGGGAUAUGCUACUCAGGUCUCUAGGAACAAAUCAGAAUGAAGAGUCGGGUCAUUCACUGAUCCGUUGUUUUAUAAUGCACAACAAGAUGCCCAAUGCAAAUGCUCUUCUUAGAUUGUAUUUGACAAAAACAAUCCGUUGGUCGCCGAACAGCGUAUGCACGCUACGAUGGUUAUGCGAACGUGUUUCUCUGCCGCAAAACGCAUUUACGUCAAUGUUGAAUCCAUCGCCAUCGACUGCGCCGAUCUGCGACAGGACGCGUCUCCUGGAGUGGCUACUAAAUGUGUCAUGGCAAAAGCUAGUGAUGCGAUUGUCCGAUAAAACCAUCGAGAACAUCUGCACUUUAUUGGUGGAUCUUGUUCUGAGUUCACGUUGCAGACAAAAUAUCAGGAAGCCUUCGCAGAAAUGCGAGAAAUUGCGCGAACCCGUCUUUGUAUCGCAUCAGGACAUCUGUUCAACGGAUCUUCCACGACUCUGUCACGCGUCUUUAAAAUUCGAAAUAGAAUUUUCGGCAAAGUCGAAGGAUGAGCGUGAUAAACGGGAUUUCAGGCUGGUGGCCACAGAUGGAAGUCCCGUCUCCUAUGUGCAGGAAGCAUUCAAUUUUUUGAAGAAACGAUUGCAUGACAUUCUUCAAGAUGAAGAUUCCAACGAUGAAACAAAAAAUACAAUUGAGAUUCAGGUCGUGUUGAUGAAGAUAGCGUUCCUAGCAAGAUCGCUGUCCAGUCUGAAGCAGCUAGGUAUUAUUGCAAAGGAGGAUACUAUUGAUCCACUAUUUGAUAUGAUGGAGAAGCACCUGAAGAAUAGCUUCGAAAUUCUAGCAAGAAUCGACUGGAGCAGAUAUGCAUGCAAGUAUACGUACUUGUUGAGCGUGACUAGGGCAUUGAAUGUGCUGUAUAAGACGACCUAUGAUGCAGACGUAGCAAAGAUAAUAGUCUCCGCGUCUACCGUGGAUAUGUUGAAAAAUAUAUUCGAUCUCCUAAAUCUCGAUACCAAUUGCCGUAAAAGCGAUUAUCACAAGGAACAUGACACUUUUCAAAAGAGGCACAAGAGUUCCAGUUCAGAGACAUCAAAUCCGUCUUUGACGAGUCUCCGACGUGAGGAUGCGAUCCGUCUUCAGGUUGUAGAAGCUUUGGCAUCCUUUUGCGCUCUGCGCAUCGACGCGGACUGCAACAAAUCCUUGCUGCAGACGAAGAUGAUGCGUAAUUUGCUUACCAUGCAACAGGAUUUUACGAAUUAUAUAGAUUAUUGGAUAUCAUUAACGAUCCUGGAAUCGCUCGCUGGGCGUGAUCGGGACGAGAUUCACCGCGAGUAUGCGGACGCGCCGUUGGAUCUUGUGUUGAAGGUCUGCCAGAAAAAUCCCAGGUACGAGCAGUCUUUGCGCCGACUGUUAAACCUGCUGCCGUAUUUCUUCGAAUACGCGAUCAAAUACGUUUAUUCUCCGAAGACGAUUGUUCAUAUCCUCGCGCAAUUCCACAAACAAAUGUGUAAACGAAAUUAUGGCGUUCUUGUACAUGCGGAUUACAUGAAGUGCGUUUGUAACUGCGUGCGGAUCGAUCCAAGCUUCUCGUGGAACCAUGACGAUGUUUCUGACAACAGCAUCGUAACAUUGCUAGACAGCGUUCUCGACUACAUCGGCGAUACGCUUUUCGUACUGCGUUCGCAGGCUGUGCGAUGUCUACAGGAGCUUCUAUCCCUUAAGAAUGUUGGGCACAAGUGGAAGGAGAGAAUGUGCAUCAAGGUGGAGGAAACUGCGUUUAAUCUUCUCGAUGAAGCCCAACAAUCAGGUUCUAAUCCACAAAACAACAGUCUGGAAGAGAGUCAACAACUGGAUGAGAGAGAAACCAGAACGGCCAGCGCAUUGAUUGCGCUGGCUUCUAUUGUUUGUGCCAGCGGUGUUCUACAGGGUCGCGCCUUGUAUGCUAUGCUUCGACUGUCGAUAGAGAGAAAAGUGGACAUGCGGAUAGUGCAAAAGGUUCUCUCGUCAGCGGCGCGGCAUACAACGACGCACGUAUCACUCGUCGAGGAUAACUUGAACUAUCUACUGACAUCCUGGCUCGAAGACGCGCAAUACCCGUUGCAAAGAUUUCCGUGGGUUCUCGCAGGAUGCGAGACUGUGGACGAAUUCUUUCGAAAAAAUGUUAAUCACAUAGUUCCGAUUGUGCUGCGCACUUCGGGUCUCGUCGAAGCCAUAUCUUUCUGCACGGAUUAUGCCGGUGUAGCAUUCGAAAAAGUCUUCGAGGAUGUCUUCCCAUCUUGCUUUGCGUGGUUAAUAUCGCGCGCAAUUUCUAACGAUGCUGAUGAGAUGAUGCAAAAGCUGACGAAUAACACAGACGAGUUUGCACGUACGUCCGAUUUUAGUCGAUUAUUUUACUCUCGUCUGCAAGACGUUUUAGUGGAACUAAUACAGAGGCUGCACGACGAGGACGACUUCGAGCGCAUUUUUUCGAUAUCGGACGUGCGUUUCCCAGCGAUGGAUCCGCCGCAUUUCACGCGAGCUACAUUAGAUCUCUGCUUCGAUUAUCUAGAGUCGUCUGAUCUUCUGCCAGCGACGGGAAAGACAUUGACGCGCACACUAGUCGAGCAACCGGCGAUGCUACAGAGAAUGCUGUUACAUUUUGCGAGCGCCGUACAUUUGUCACACUCCCGCGAAAACAAACUAAAGCGGUUGUAUCAAUAUGCGUAUCUCUGCUUGCGACUGACACGCGACUUCGCAGAACCUGUUUUUGAUGAAAUUGCCUUAUUUCUGAUCCGUGACGUGUGCUACAGCCUGUUGCAUAUGACCAGAGAAAAUGAUGACGAGACACUCACCACGGCAUGCUGCACGUUUAUGGAUAUUUUUCUAACACAAGCGCUACCUGCGAGAGCCGUGGAGGUGCGGGACGUUCUUAGAUUCGUUGUAGCAAAUCUGAUUGACUUGGCGCAAUCAAACACGAGCAACGUUAGCCAAAUCGCUGCAAGGUUACUCAAGUUUCUUGUGGUGGAGCAAAAAGACUUUCUGCGAAAAGCUAUCGCGAAGCUCAGUUCAUUCCCAAACCACACAAUUUUUCAAGAUGUGAGGGAAGCUCGCAAUGCCGUCAGAUCAGAAAAGUACAGAACUGCGCUAUGCCUCGAAGACGAACUGGCGCGUUUCUUAGACGCCAUAAGUGAAGAAAACGCCGAGUGUACAUUGGAGGAUCUCGUGAAUCUCACGCAACAGCUGUCGACAAGGAAAAUGGAGUUGAGGGAGCUGCAUCGAAAGUUGGAAAGGCCAUAUCCCGAAGACGGUGCCAGUAUCCUGCAUCGACUAAUAUUCAAACUCGCCAAGCUGACAGAAUCGUCUAAUUCGCGUGUAUCGAUGGAAGUCGCCAAAUGUCUCGGCGAACUGGGCCCGACGGAUUCCACUGUGGCUCUGCGACCGGCGGGAAGUCUCGUCCAGGAAGCAACCUAUGCGAUAGAGAUUUUGACUUAUCGGUCCGUCGCGAUGUUAACGAAUUUUCUCGUGGAAUACACGGUGGAACUUCGCAAGGCAAGUGCCGACGCCCUUUACGCGGUGCUAUCGACUUCCUUCGGCCAUAAACUGUACUCGGACUUCGAGUACACAAGGAACUUGUCGAACAUCCUCGAAGAGUCCGUGCCUCUGAAGAUUGAUUACAUUCGACCAUUUAUUCAUGGAGGUUACGUUACUCAGACUUCCUUUAAUGUAAACACUGCGAAAUUUCGCAGUGUUAUGAAUUCGGAAAAUCCAUUGUGGACUGUUCAGGACAACGAGAAUUACGCUGAAUGGAUCGUCAAGUUAACCUGUGGCAUCGCCGAAUGCUUCACCGACUCUUAUCUAGAGAGCUUUCUGCCAGUCUGUCAAUUCAGUGUCAAGUUUUGCGAGUUGAUUCUGCCGAGAAUCAUAUAUCUUGUCAUUUAUCGAAACGGCAAAUUUAUCGGUGUCAUGUGUGACUGCGUCAAUCAAUUCUUCAGACAACACUUUGCGAUCAAUCACGAGGCGGAAACUGUUGCAUCAUCGACAUCGAAAAGCGGUGGUUGCGACCAAAAAAUCGUACGCUGCAUGCUAGACGUGGUGAAUCAUGUGCGGGCGCAGCUGCCGGACGGCACGACUUUGGCACUCGAUUAUGUCAAUUUGGCCAGAGCUGCGCACAAAUGCUCCGCGUAUUAUACGGCUCUGCUAUUCGCGCAGCUCGCCUGCCAGUCGAUCUCGUCAGACUAUCCGGAUUUUAGUAGUGAUCCUAGAAUUGAUUACAUCUACGAACACCAGCCAUCGGUCGGCCGGGUGCUGCAAGACAUUAUGCUGGACACUUACCUAAAUAUCAGCGAUCCGGAUGCUAUGAGUGGCGCCGGAUCAUCGCAUUUGCUUAAUCAGGACUCUCGAGUGCAGUACUAUGCUCGUACCAAUUGUUGGGACAAAGUCAUGCUCGCACAGGACAUUGAGUUGUCGCACAAUGGCAAUCACUUAUCACUGACAAACUCCAGAAUGGAAAUGGCAAACGCGUUACAGUGUUCGGGAUUGCUGUAUCUCCAAUGGCAAUUUCUGGGCAACUGUCUAGAUGAAAAGUUAAGUUACGAGUGCGCGUGGAGACUCGGCAAUUGGGAUCUGUUGGUAAACGAUUCCGUAGCCACCACUAAUCAAAACGACUUUCAAUCGCAGCAUUUGCGAUUUGAAUCUUUGGAGAACACAUUUCACGUACACCAUUAUGACGCGCUGAAAUGCCUUCAUGAAAACGACCGACGAGGUACGGAACGGGCAAUCGAGCGCGCUCGUUUAAGUGUAAUUCGCGGAUUGCGAAUGAUCAGUCUAGAGAGCAGUCGAAUCAUCAAUAAGAAAUUAUCGCAGCUGAGGUUAUUGCGCGAAAUUGAACAAUUGAAUUCAGCGGCCGAUUCGUCACAGGAGGAAUAUUUAGAGAUAUUGCAACGCUGGAAUGCACACGAGAUCAGCUUGACAGGUCAGUUCGACUAUGUGGAACCAAUUUUAUGGCAGCGUAUCAUCAUGUUUCGCAUCCGGGAAUCCCUGUGGACGGACACGAACAUACGAGAAGCGUUCUGUGCUACUUGCCUGGACUUGGCGGAAGUCGCGAUGAGUCAGGACAACUUUCAAGUGGCCACCCGAGCAUUAGGCACGCUAGCGACCCAACAAAACCUUUCUACGGAUUUAGAGAAUCAACAUCUCUAUCAAGAAUCGCUCCUGGCGUGGAUGAAACACGACCAGGUCAUUGCACGCCGUCUGCUACGCAAUCUGAUCGAGAAGAGGAAUCCGAAGCCGAGUCUGAAAGCCAAAGCUCUGCGAAUUUAUGGCGACUGGAUGGCUGAAACCAAAUCAGAGAAUCCGCAGGCAGUAAUACAGAAAUAUUAUCUGGAAUCCAUCAAGAUCAGCGAAGCUAUCAAUGAGCAGACGCCUGAUGUAGUUAAAGAUUUAUAUGAAACGCAAGUUGCGCUGGCGCGCUUUGCUGACGCGCAGUAUGAGCAAAUCAGCGCAUACAUGAACUCUCCAAUAUACGAGUCAUUAAAGGAAUACGCUCGUAGCAAUGAAGCUAAAGUCUUAGAUCAGGCGCAGAUAAAGAAUCAGGAUAUCAAGCGUGCCGUGAUAAUCAGCCAGAAACAAUCGACAAACGACGCGGCUGAGCUAAAGAAUAUUGAGCAAGAAAGGCGUAACUAUCUCGCACAGGCUUUAAAGUAUUACCUGAAAACGUUGUGCAGCAGCGAGGAGCAUAAUCUGCUCAUCUUUCGACUGGUGGCACUUUGGUUGGACAACAUGCUCGAUAACGAAGUGAACGAGGUACUACUGGACGAAUUAGACAAUGUGCCAUCCUUUAAAUUCGUGCCACUAGUGCCGCAAUUGGCCGCCCAUGUGAGUAACGAUCUUAGGAACCCGCGGAGUUUUUCCACACGGAUUUUCAAAAUCCUCGAGCGAUGCGCUCUAGAACAUCCGUAUCACACGUUGCCCGUGGUGCUGGCGCUUAAGAAUUUACACAGCGAUCCGGAAACCACAGUUACACAGGAGGAACGUCGCGUGCUGGGCGCCAAGAAGCUCCUCAAGCGAUUGGCCGAAUCACCCGUACACGAAAUCGUCAAAGAGAUGGAGAUUCUAUCGCGGGCAUUGUUGAAUCUCGCUUACUGGCAACCCAAGGGCAAGUGCUCUACCAGAAAAUGUUAUUCGAUACCACGAGAUCAAUCAAUAUCCAAGAUUAAAAACUUGGACAACGUUCUUCUGCCGACUCUGACUUUACUCGUGAGACCAUCAGGUAAUUAUGACAACGUAGUCGGCAUAAAGAUGUAUCAAGAGACCUGUGAAUUUGUUGGCGGCGUGACCGCGCCUAAGAAAGUCAUCUGUGUCGGCACUGACGGCAUACAGCGCCGACAGUUGGUCAAAGGCAAGGACGACCUACGGCAGGAUGCGGUGAUGCAACAGGUGUUCACUGUGAUAAACACACUGUUACGUACUUGCAAAGAGACGAAACGGCGAAAUUUGCGUAUCAGAACGUAUAAAGUGGUGCCGCUGACGCAGAGAUCAGGCGUGCUGGAGUGGUGCGACAACACGGUUCCUAUUACGGCAACCUUACUGGGCAAUCCGAAUGGUAUACACAGGAGAUAUUAUCCACGUGAUUUGACUGCGGAAGCGGCCAGAAAUAAAAUGAAGGACGUCGCGCAAGAGUCGAAUGAGAUAAAGUUAAAGGUUUUCCUCGAGUGUUGCAAACGCAUGCGGCCGGCGUUCCAUCACUUUUUCGAAGAGAAAUAUCGAUCGCCUGAAACUUGGGUCGAGAGGACACUCACAUAUACGCGCAGCGUUGCCACCACGUCCAUCGCGGGUUACAUUCUGGGCCUCGGCGACAGACAUUUGAGUAAUAUUCUCAUCGACGAGCGCACCGCCGAGGUGGUGCACAUCGACUUUGGCGUAGCUUUCGAGCAAGGCAAGGUUCUACCCCUUCCCGAGACCAUUCCUUUCAGAUUAACCAGGGACAUCGAGGUUGCCAUGGGUGCUUCCGGUAUCGAGGGGACCAUGAGACGCAGUUGCGAAGUGACCAUGACGAUGCUGCGCGAUCAGAGGCAAAUUAUCAUUACCCUUCUUCAAGUCCUAUUGUACGAUCCGCUUUUCACGUGGGCCAUUACACCAGAGAAGGCGUGCAAGAUGCAGAGUGACGUCGUAAAAAAUUAUUCGGAGAACAGCGGGCGAGCAUCCGUAGAGACUAAUAAAAUCGCCAAGAGAGCUCUUUUGAGAAUUGAACAAAAACUACGAGGAACGGAGGAUGGUUUAGUAUCCAGCAUUCCGGGACAAGUCGAAAGAUUAUUGCAGGAGGCACGAGACCCCGCAAAUUUAUGUCGGGUCUACUGUGGCUGGCAACCAUAUUUUUUCUCCGCAGAUAGGCCAUCGCGUUCGUCGCGUUGGGUUUCGCUCCGCUCUCGUUCUCGGCCUCCUCGGAAACGAGCUGGCGAUCACGAACUGAGAGAGAGAAGUAAACGAAAUAGAGCGAGCGGGAGAAGGGGCCAGUGGGAUAGGAUCGAGUGGGCCAGUCAGUCGGCCACUUAUCGGCCGCCAUCUUGCUGCUAG